CAGUCUCAUGUCCAGAGUAACCAAUCGGGAUGUCUGGAAACUCCUUCUGGUACUCCUAUUGGUCAGAACAGAAAAAGGGACUCAUUUUUUUUUUUUAUAAUUACUGUGUGUUGCCGUUAGCAUAAGGAUGGAUGCUUUACCGUGAUGACACGCAGGUUGAUGUCCUCAGGUUCGAGUGGGUAUGUACUGGUACACUGCAGGAUACAGAAAUUCUGAUUGUCUUUCUUUACACUCUCAUAGACUCUCCUCAUUGUCUCCAUAGACUGCAUACCACUGGAGACCACCAUGAGCCGACCUGAAUGGAGGGAACGAUAAUUAUAACUAGAUUGUAGUUUCAGAACAAUAAACACACUGUUUAUUGGCAACUCCUCACGUCACUUCCGGUGGUACGCACGCUGAGACGCUAGCCUAGUAGUUUGUUUGUAGCCUUUAGCUAAAUAACUUUUUAUAUACGUAUGUUUUAAACAUAUAAUUUAUACGUUAAUCUUCCGUGUGUUGUUGAUUUAGUUUUAUUUUGUUUAUCGUAAAAAAGCGCUUGUGUUUACUAACGUAAAUUCGUGCUGUGUUGGAAACUAGGAAACUUCUGCUACCGGCAUCCGAACGAAGCCCGGUUUUGUUUGUUUUUGUACUUCAGCGCAUAAACAUCAUAAUUAUCCAGAAUUAAAACCGUUUUCGGUCCGCACGAAGCGCGUUUGUGUUUGGUUGUGUUCUGUAUUUCAGCUCUUAAAACACCUCUGUUUUGUGAGGAGUUAUAACCGUUUCUGUUCGUAGGAAGCGCGUUUAUUUGUUUUGUACACCAGCGCAUAACACCGUUUUCCUUUAGAAUUACAGCCGCUUUUGUCCGAACGAAGCACGUUUGUGUUGGUUUGGUUGGUGGUUUUUGUAUUCCAGCUCAUCAUCGCCUGUUUCAUCCGGAAUUAAAGCCGUUCUUCUGUGACUACCAGCAGAAGCGCCGGUGAAUCCAACAUAAACAUCAUCUCCAACUCAUCUUGUAAAGCUAAGUAUAUUUCUUUGUUGUUAUGGCCCCAGCAGGAGCGCUGUAUCCAUGUUCCGAGUGUAAUAUGUUCAGUUAUUCCUUCUCCGUGUUUAGUGAUAACUUUACAUGUGAUAAGUGUAGAUUAGUGGUUAGUCUAACGGAGAAGAUCUCAGUGUUAGAAGGGCGCAUUCGGGCGUUAGAACAGACUACUACUAGUGAGGGCUUAGAUUCAGCUGUAGCAGUCCCGAAUGCCAGCAGUUCAGGUACAGAACCCCAGACUCCGGCAUUAGAGCCCUCACAGCGGGGCGACUGGGUGACGUCUCGGCGACAUAGUCGUAGGGAAAAGCACCGACCAUCUCAGUUGCACGUGUCCAACAGGUUUUCCCCACUCAGUGAGCCACCCGCUGAGAAGCCUGUUAAUGUAAGUGCUCUGGUUAUAGGAGAUUCUCAGCUCCGACACGUGCGUAUUGCAACCCCCAUAGAGACACCAGCAACCAUAGUCACCUGUAUUCCGGGGGCCAGGGCGCCUGACAUCAGAGCAAACCUGAAAGUGCUGGCUAAUGCUAAUCGUAGAUUUUCGAAGAUUGUUAUCCACGUCGGCACUAAUGAUGUUCGUUUACGGCAGUCUGAGGUUACUAAGAGUAAUGUUAAAGAGGUGUGUGAGUUAGCUAGGUCGAUGUCUGAGGCAGUAGUGUGCUCUGGCCCCUUACCGAUUCGACCCAGUGGCGAAACCUACAGCAGGUUGUUGUCGCUGAACCGCUGGAUGUCUAAAUGGUGCUCAGAAAACUGCAUCGAUUUUGUAGAUAACUGGUCCACCUUUGAGGGAAGGCCUGGUCUUUUGAAGCGGGAUGGUGUCCACCCCACGUGGGAGGGUGCUGCUCGCAUUUCUUGCAGCAUAGGUGACAGGCUUUACCACCGCGUUAGUGUAGCGGCAGAUAGUGUUAAAUGACUAUCCAGAGCCAAGACCAGGCAGCAGACUAACAGGCCUAACCGACUGUCUGCGAGUCGCCAUCGGACGUCACCCGGAAUCCUUAGGUCACAAACCAUUGAGACUGUGUCUGUUUACCGUGGCAGGUGUAAGCCAAAACAAAAUCAAAAAGUAUGUCAUAAUAACUUAAUUAAAAUUAAUCUAAAUGAGCAUCAUGAAAACCCUAGUAAAGUUAAACUAAAGUUAGGACUUCUAAACAUCAGGUCACUUGCAUGCAAAACAGUAAUUGUAAAUGAAAUAAUUACAGAUAAUUGUCUUAGUGCCCUGUGUUUAACCGAGACCUGGGCUAGACCUGAUGAGUAUCUAAGUUUAAAUGAAGCAUCUCCUCCGGGUUACAGUUAUGAACAUAAGCCACGUCUUAGCGGUCGUGGUGGAGGAAUAGCCGCAAUUUAUGAUAAAGACAUAGGUCUUACUGUAAAAUCAUCUCCCAUAACAAACUCGUUUGAAGUUCUUAUCUCUGACAUAACCAAUAAAUGUUCAUCUGAUAAAAAUAGUAUGUUUAAACUGGUUACUGUUUAUCGACCCCCUGGUCCUUACUCAGAAUUUCUUAAC